CGUAAACACAAAUUCCUACACACUUACCAUUUUCUCCACCUAUGACGAUUUGGUUCCCAUAGAACUUCCAUGGAAACCGGGUUUAUGGCGAAUCUAUUGUCAUCACGACCAACCAAUAGGAAUUGAUCAAUUUAUUGUUGUCAUGUUAGGUAACCUGUUUGAAUUAUCCGCGUGGCAAAACAUUGUGAACGACGAAUUUCGCAUAGACAAUGCGAGCGAUGAUAGAAGAAUUCUUUUACGUGUUGGCCCUUCUGUCAUCUUGCGAUAA